CUCUUGCUCCUUUGUCAUCAUCCCUCAUCAUCUAAACAAGAAGCGCUACCGCCCUUCCUCCAGCCGAUCCCUCCAUUUCCUCAUCUUCCCUUUCACGUCAAUAUGAUGAAUUCGGGGAACUCGAUGCUGCUCCGGCUGUUCAAGUCGGAAUUCUUCAACGCCUGGAUCGCGGUCUCUUAUUUGUUCAAAUACCCAGAUGCCGUUGGCAUCCAGCACUAUCUGUGUAAUGAACUGAAGAAGUUCCCUCUCGACGAGAUUGAGUUCUUUCUCCCCCAGCUUGUACAUUUGCUGAUCAGCCGGCCUUCAGAGUCCGUGGCGCUUGAGAACUUCAUUCUGGACCGGUGCCAGAUAUCGUCGCAUAUGGCCAUCCUGACAUUAUGGUACCUGCAGGCUUACACGUCAGAUCUCGCUGCUUCACCCAACACACCUUCGUUCAAACUGUGCAAACGCGUGUUCAACAAGUGCCAGGCAAUUGUCUUUGCAACAGAGACGCCAGGAGAAUAUGAGGACAUCUAUGUUAAAAACGGCGUUCCAAAAGUUAGGGAGAAUGCGUUUUCAGCCAUGGUCGGCAUGGGCGUCAUGCUCGCAGCGUUCGGUCAGCCCCUAAUGACCAAGAGUCCGGGUCAAUUAGCCCUUGCUCAAGGUCGACGGCCCAGGGCGUUCAGCGUAACUGCGGAUAAUGCCGAGGAGAGUGCUGCAGGGGAGACGCAAUCACAACAAGCCGAAACCCAGCAACAGCCGCAACAGCAACAAUCUCAUCAUCAGCAGCAGCAGCACACCAAUCAAACAGAAUCGCAACAGCCCGGUCAUGUCAGUCACGCGUCUCCACAAGAAAGUGGCCGGUCCACGCCAGCGGGAAGCAUGACUAAGCACGAUGCCGAAGGAACUACCACCCCUCGAUCCGCUACAGGAGAACCGGGCUCGCCUCAUGCGACCGUUGCAGGAAUGAGUGUGUCGACUGUCCACAAUAUCCAACGGAAUCACGUUGUCACGUCGCCAUCACUGGAAGACCUUCGAGGAGGCCAAGCUUUCAAGCUGCGACGCGACCGUUACGCCAGCCCGCGAUACAGUCACGAUACCGCUCCAUCGUCGCCUAUCAGCCUACGGUUCUCGGAUCGGGACUCAAUGGAUGGACGAUCUUCAGCUGCCUCUCUGGAGUUGGCAAGGCGCUCAUAUUUCCACUCAGAGAUGCAGUUCCUGUUGGCCCUGGUCGAUAUUGCGACCAGGCUCGUGAUUGUACCCAAACCAGCACGUUUGAGUGCACUCCGUGCUGAGCUCACAUUGCUAAACCACAACUUGCCAGCCGAGAUCUGUGUGCCGCUUUGGUGCAAGGCCACAGUUGAGCAUCCUUCGCACCACCGCGUUGUGCGUAUACCACCUCAAGAUGCCGUCGUCUUGAAUUCUGCAGAUCGCGUGCCUUAUUUACUUCAAGUUGAAGUUCUCGAAACGGAUAUGAGCGUUGAAGAGAUUCGGGCGCAACGCAGGGACCUUCAUGAGUCUGAGGACGGCAGCCACCAUGGGCAUGAAUACCAUACAAAGGAGGUGCAGAUGAACGAGGAUGGAACCAUUCAACUCGAGCACGCAAUUGCCUCGCAUGAAAACAGCGAACAGAAUGACUAUGAUACCGACGAGACACUGUCAGCAAAAGCAGACGACUCUAUUUCACCCAACGGUGUCGAGAAUGGAGGCCGUUCGGUUGAUGGGGCGCCUCGACCACCUGUAGGCUCACUGGCCGAUCUAACAAUUUCACCCCCAGGAUCGCCCUCACCGGCUAGCCCUGUCGUUUCCGUGGAUCUCACUGGACGGAUGAAGAGCCCCGCACCACUCUCACCUUCUGCAGGAGGCUCCUUUCGACCACCAACUCAAUCUCGCUCAAAUGAGGCAUACCUUCAGACGGUUUUGAAGCGUCGGGCAUCCAACAGCGCGGAUGAUUUUGCAGAGAAGAUGAGGACGGCAGCUGUGAUGCUAGCCCAGCUGAGCCAACAACAAGCUGCUCAGCAGGUAGGCGCAGGCGCAAGUAGUAACUCGAGAACGAGUGCACAAUCGCGCUCGAGCAUCAAGGCAAAGGCGACAUCAGUCGAAGAUAUUCGGGCCAAGAUCAUAAAGGAGAUGAUGGCCUUGGAGGAGCAGAGAAUGCAGAGAAUGAAGGACGAGGGUGUAAGCAGUGGAAUUGGAGGUGGCGGCGGCGAAGGUGCUGGAAGCGAGAUGCUGGAGGACGAGCGCAAGAUCAUGGCCAACGUUACCACUGAUGAUCCAAGUGCUGCUGUAUUCUCUGAAGACUGGGAUACCAAGAUGAGCCGUAUCAGAGAGAAUUCACCCUAUGGUCAUUUGCCGUCCUGGCAGCUGCUCUCUGUGAUUGUGAAGCAAGGUGCGGACCUGAGGCAAGAGCAGCUGGCCUGCCAAUUGAUCCGUGAAAUGGGAUGGAUCUGGGAGCGUGCCAAGAUCGAUGUUUGGAUCACUUAUAUGCGUAUCCUUGUUACUUCAGAUAACUCUGGCUUGAUCGAGACCGUUCGCAACACCAUCUCGAUCCACUCUAUCAAGAAGGAUGCUUAUGCUCGUCGAUUGAACGAAGUCGGAGUCGUCUUUACCCUCUACGACUACUUCCAGCAGAAAUUCGGCGAUCCAGCAAGCGAAAAGUAUAUUAAGGCGCAGGACAACUUUAUGCGGUCCUUGGCUGCCUAUUCUGUAAUCACAUAUGUUCUUCAGAUCCGCGACCGGCACAACGGCAACAUCCUGCUGGAUACAGAGGGCCACAUCAUCCACAUUGAUUUUGGAUUCAUGCUGUCGAACUCUCCGGGCUCUGUUGGAUUCGAGCUUGCGCCGUUCAAGCUGCCGCAGGAAUAUCUGGAUGUGCUUGGAGGAGUUAACAGCGAGAAGUUUGCAGAGUUCAAGCAGCUUUUGAAGAAGGCCUUCAUGGCGGUGCGAAAACAUACCGAAAACAUUGUGCUGUUGAUCGACAUGAUGUCCAAGGACUCAAAGCUGCCGUGUUUCCAGUACGGUGACAACGCAGCGCAGGCUGUUCGGGAUCGGUUAGCGCUCAAUUUGACAGAGGUCCAGGCGGAGGAGUUUGUGGAGAAGCUGAUUAUGAGCAGCUGCUGCAACGUCUUUACGCGACUUUAUGAUACCUUCCAAUACUACUCGAACGGAAUCCUGUAAAGGAGAUAGACUUUGAAAGGGAGGUGGUUUAGCAAGCCAGGUCAAAGCAAAUAUAAUAGAUACAGCAUUAAUAACAAAGGGGAA